AUGGGAACGGAUGACGUGGUCAGGGAGGAGCUGGGCAGCCUCCAUGGCAUGCCCCUCUACAAGUGCUUCAUUGAAGGCUGGCCAGAGGUGGAGGCUUUCCAAGCCCGGCCAGAUGACCUGCUCAUUGCCACCUACCCCAAAUCGGGCACAACAUGGCUGAGUGAGAUCCUGGACAUGAUCUACCAGGAUGGAGAUGUGCAGAAAUGCCGGCGAGAUGCCAUCUUCAACCGGGUGCCUUUCCUGGAAUUGAAGGCACCCAAGAUACCGAGCGGUGUUGAACAGCUGGAGAGAACCCCAUCCCCACGGCUGGUGAAGACCCAUCUCCCAGUCCAGCUCCUCCCAACCUCCUUCCGGGACAAGGGCUGCAAGGUCAUCUACGUGGCCCGCAACCCCAAGGAUGUUGUCAUCUCCUACUACUACUUCUACCAGAUGGCCAAGAUGCACCCUGACCCUGGCACGCUGGGCGAGUUCAUAGAGAGCUUCAUGAAUGGCAAAGUGGCCUACGGGUCCUGGUACGAUCACGUGCGGGGUUGGUGGGAGAAGAAGCAGGAGAAGCAGCUCCUCUACCUCUUCUAUGAGGACAUGAAGAAGGACCUGCGGCGGGAUGUGCAGAAGAUCCUGCAGUUCCUGGGUAAGAAAGUGUCAGAGGAGACACUGGCAAAGAUCAUCCACCACACCUCCUUCCAGGAGAUGAAGAAGAACCCUGCUGCCAACUAUGAGACCAUACCCACUGCCCUGAUGGACCACAGCCUCUCCCCCUUCCUCCGGAAAGGGAUCUCGGGGGACUGGAAGAACCACUUCACUGUGGCCCAGAACGAGCGCUUUGACCAGCACUACUGUAAGCAUAUGGCGGGCUCUGACCUCCACUUCCAGAUAGAGGUGUAA